GGGCAGCGGAGAGAGCAGCCAGUUGGGUGCUCGCCCAGAGGUGAGAGCGGCCGAGUUACGCCACGAGGGGGCGCUGCAGAGCUGGGGGAACCCCUCCCGACCCGCCUCAGUCCCCCGCCCCUUCCCCGCCCGCGCGCAAAACACAUUCGCCCUAGAGGCAGCGCGGCGGAGCCCGAGCCGCGGCCGGAGCGGAGCCGAGAACGGCGGUGGCGGCGGCGGCACCAUGACCCUGGGCAGCUGCUGCUGCGAGAUCAUGUCCUCCGAGAGCUCCCCGGCCGCUCUGUCCGAGACGGACGCAGACAUAGACGUGGUGGGCGGCGGCGGGGGCAGCAGCGGUGGGGGAGAACUACUGGCCCGCCCAGGGCCCCGGGUCCCGCGGGACGUGCUCCCGCACGGCCCGGAGCCUCCCUCGGAGGAAGCCGAGGCGGACGCAGCUGAGGAAGAGGAGUCGGGCGGCUGUUCUGACGGCGAGCCCCGCGCUCUAGCACCGCGGGGGGCGGCGGCCGCAGCGGGAAGCCCUGGGUCAGGCGCAGCGGCGGCCCGGAGCGCGGCGGGGCCGGGACCCGGACCGCCGUCGGGGGGCGCGGCAACGCGGAGCCCGCUGGUGAAGCCACCCUACUCGUACAUCGCGCUCAUCACCAUGGCCAUCCUGCAGAGCCCCAAGAAGCGCCUGACGCUGAGCGAGAUCUGCGAGUUCAUCAGCGGUCGCUUCCCCUACUACCGGGAGAAGUUCCCCGCCUGGCAGAACAGCAUCCGCCACAACCUCUCCCUUAACGACUGUUUCGUCAAGAUCCCCCGAGAACCUGGCAACCCGGGCAAGGGAAACUACUGGACGCUGGACCCGGAGUCUGCCGACAUGUUCGACAACGGCAGCUUCCUGCGGCGCCGCAAGCGCUUCAAGCGGCAGCCUCUACCGCCGCCGCAUCCACACACACACCCUCACCCAGAGCUACUGUUGCGUGGGGGCGCUGCGGCGGCUGGGGACCCGGGCGCCUUCCUGCCAGGCUUCGCCGCUUACGGCGCCUACGGCUACAGCUACGGGUUGGCGCUCCCUGCCUACGGCGCCCCCCCUCCAGGCCCGACCCCGCAUCCGCACCCACACCCACACGCCUUCGCUUUCGCUGCCGCGGCCGCUGCUGCGCCUUGCCAGUUGUCCGUCCCCACAGGUCGUGCCGCUGCGCCUCCACCAGGACCUCCGACGGCCUCUGUGUUCGCGGGCGCAGCCUCGGCUCCGGCCCCUGCGCCUGCCCCUGGCACAGGGUCUGGCCCGGGCUCGGGCCCCGCAGGCCUGCCCGCCUUCCUGGGCGCAGAGCUGGGCUGCGCCAAAGCUUUCUACCCCGCGUCACUGAGCCCUCCCGCAGCUGGCACAGCGGCCGGUCUGUCCACCGCACUCCUGCGCCAGGGCCUCAAGACAGACACGGGCAGUGGUGCAGGCGCUGGGGGUGCCGGGGCCGGGCAGAGGCCUUCAUUCUCUAUAGACCACAUCAUGGGCCACGGUGGCGGCGGGGCAGCACCCCCGGGCGGAGGCGAGGGCUCGCCGGCAUCACCGUUCGCGGCAGCGGCGGCCGGUCCUGGGGGUCAAGCCCAAGUCUUGGCCAUGCUGACUGCCCCGGCUCUGGCUCCAGUGGCCAGCCACAUCCGCCUCUCGCACCCCGGGGACUCCCUCCUGUCCUCAGGGCCCCCGUUUGCCGGCAAAGUUGCUGGUCUCAGUGGCUGCCACUUCUGACCGCGUCAGGCUCAGGGCCAUUUAGGCCCGUACUCCUCAGCCUCUCCCGAGAGCUCCUGCGGCCCCAGCGGAACUCAGGGAGUCUGUAUUUAUGAAGAGUCUCCAGACCUUGGGCCUGCGCGUGACUUGGCUCCACGCUCAGAAUCUCGGCGAUUGUUGGGACGAAGCGGGCUCCAUCGCUCAGGGAGAGGCCCGGGUCUGCGCAACGAGGUCGCAAGCUAUGAUCCCAUUCCAGUUUGAGCAGUAAGAGGGGAGGGGGAAGUCUUCGCAUUUUCCUAGCCUCUGCGCUUCUGGCAGCCCGGGAAGAAUGCUUUCCCCGAUGCCCUCCCAGGCUCUCCGGAUCCUGCCUGAAACACCGACUGCGCAGAGAGGUCUUUAUCUCUCCUCCACUUCUUCCCCGACUUUGAAGCCCUGCCUACCCAAUAUUAUAAUUUAAAGACACCUAUUACCUGCUUCGUGCUUAAAAGAAAAAUUCAACUUUUUCCCCUUUGCCUUUCUUCAAGGAAGUUCGUUCUCUCUGAAGCCUAAAGCUGUGUCUACACAGGUGAAGCUGAACCGAGAGGUGAAAUGAGGGGCUUCCGCAAUCCCUGCGGAAACCCUGGAUUCCACUCCGCUGGAAAACAUCCUUCCUCUUUUGUGUUGGGGUGCUUUUGAAGGAACUUUUCCUCUUUCUCGUGGCCGGCUGGGUCCAGCCAACCAGGGCCAGCAGCCCUGUCAGCGUUCUGCUCUGCCCCAGGCCCUGGGAUAUUUAUUGUAGCUAAGGCAAUGAGUUUGGGGUGGGAGAGGAGGGUCUGGGUCAGGGACUGGAGUAGGUGGGGGUGGGGUGGGCCAGGGCACAUCCUGUGGCAGGGGGUCCUGUAAUUAUGUGUAAAUAUCUGUACAGCGGGCUGCUAUCUGCAUUCUCUGUCCACUGGGUGUGCAUUGAUUUAGAAUUCUCCACUGUGGGGAGAUUCUGUAAAAUCAUCUGAUGGUUUGUGUGGAAGAAAAGAAAAAUCUGUCUUCCCCCAGUCCCCAUUGGUGUCAAUUGAAUAAAUGUAUGUGAA